AUGAAGGCUACUUAUUUCCUCUCAGUAUUACUUAUACAAAUCAUAUUUUUGGUCCGUUUUGUUACUCCAGAAGAUGGAACUAUAUACGAGUAUGGGCCGGAUAAUUUUAAAAGCCAAAUUGAAGAUAUGGAUGGAAAUUUUAUAAUGUUUUAUGCACCCUGGUGCCGCCAUUGCACUGAAUUCCAUCCAAUUUGGGCGGAAUUAGCAGAACUUGUAAACACUAAGGGCUCUAAAUUUGCCAUUGCCCAAGUAGACUGCACUAAGCACCCUAAACUAUGUCAUGACAAUGAUAUUACAGGCUACCCUUCAUUGCUGUAUUACCACAGGAAUUCAUUUUCUCCUGUGGAAUUCAAAGGCACACGGGAUCUGCCCUCACUUACUUUGUUCCUUAGCGAAGUUUUUACUUUGAAGUCUGAGGGCAAGCAAGUGAAGAAAUCUGAUGAAGUGAAAAUAUACAGUGGCAUGGCAUACCUGGAUGAUCAAAAUAUUGAGAAGUUUGUGUCUAGAGGACAACACUUCAUUAUGUUUUAUGCACCUUGGUGCAAAAUAUCACAGUCCCUGGCGCCAGUGUGGGCAGACUUAGCGGUUCACUACGCUCAUAAUAAAUACAUCCAAAUCGGAAAAGUGAAUUGCUUGGACAAUGAUAUGACAUGCAAUAAUUUUGACAUCAAGCAAUAUCCCCAUCUCAUCUGGAUUGUUAAUGGAAGGAUUAUUUUACAGGUGGCUGCGACAGAAGUUCUUACGCUAGGACAACUCAAAGCUUACGUGGAGAGGAUGAUCUUGGCCGAUAAUCACGACCCUGAGAAGUUCAUGAGGAAGACAAAAGCGCUGCCGGUGGCAAGGAUAACCGAGGAGACUUUUGAAACAUUUCUAGAAAAAGAUGUUGUGUUUGUUAACUUUUUCGCACCAUGGUGCGCACAUUGCAUGCAGCUCAGCCCGGUGUGGUUGCAACUGGGCGAGACGUUUCUUAACGAGAGUCGCGUUCUGAUCGCCGACGUCGAUUGCGUGCGAUCGAAGAAUAUAUGCGACACGGAAAAGAUACACAGCCUUCCAACGCUCAUUUUAUACAAGAAGAAGAGGAUCGUCAGUGUUGGGAAUCAGAUGGGCGAGUUGGACAAUCUGAUAACACUCGUCAACGAGCAUCUGGAUGGCGACACUGCGGAGAUCGAUGAAACGGUUAUGUCAGCUGAAGAAGAAAAUUCGUACACCAAAGAUGAACUA